GGGAGAAGCUCGCUAGGAAGCGGGCAGCCUGGCUGCGGCUCUGCUAGCUGGUGUUGCUCCGGGGAUGAUCUUCACGUGAGCACCGAGAGGCUCCUUAUCAAUCAGGUUGGGAGGAAACUGUCCAGCUGCAGAGAUUGAUGAAGCCAUCGGUUCUUCAUAAACAGGAAGAUGGAGAAAAUGUCCCGGGUCACGACGGCCCUCGGCAGCAGCAGCAUCACCGGCCGAACCAUGUUCUGCCACCUGGACGCUCCGGCCAACGCCAUCAGCGUGUGCCGGGACGCCGCCCAGGUGGUCGUCGCCGGGCGCAACAUCUUCAAGAUCUACGCCCUGGAGGAGGAGCAGUUUGUGGAGAAGCUGAACCUGCGCGUCGGCCGCAAACCGUCGCUGAACUUCAGCUGCGCCGACGUCAUGUGGCACCAGAUGGAGGAAAACCUGCUGGCCACGGCCGCCACCAACGGCGCCGUGGUCACCUGGAACCUGGGUAAACCGUCACGCAACAAGCAGGACCAGCUGUUCACGGAGCACAAACGCACCGUCAACAAGGUGUGCUUCCACCCGACGGAGGCCUACAUGCUGCUGAGCGGCUCACAGGACGGAUUCAUGAAAUGCUUCGAUCUGCGCAAGAAGGAGUCAGUCAGCACCUUCUCAGGUCAGUCGGAGAGCGUCAGGGACGUCCAGUUCAGCAUGAAGGACUAUUUCACCUUCGCUGCUUCCUUUGAAAACGGGAACGUCCAGCUGUGGGACAUCAGGCGGCCGGAUCGCUACGAGCGGAUGUUCACGGCUCACACCGGCCCCGUGUUCUGCUGCGACUGGCAUCCGGACGACAGGGGUUGGCUGGCCACCGGCGGCAGAGACAAGAUGGUGAAGGUUUGGGACAUGACCACCAACCGCGCCAAGGAGAUCUACUGCGUCCAGACCAUCGCGUCGGUGGCUCGGGUCAAAUGGCGCCCGGAGAAGAAGUUCCACCUGGCCACCUGCUCCAUGAUGGUGGACCACAACAUCUACGUGUGGGACAUCCGCAGACCUUUCAUCCCCUUCGCCACCUUCGAGGAGCAUAAAGACGUGACCACUGGGAUCGUGUGGCGCCACCAGCACGACCCCCACUACCUGCUGUCCGGGUCCAAGGACAGCACGCUCUACCAGCACAUGUUCAAGGACGCCACGCGGCCCGUGAACAAGGCCAACCCCGAGGGCCUGUGCUUCGGCCUGAUGGGCGACCUGGCCUUCGCCGUCAACGAGAGUCUGGUCAGCGGCGACGCCGGCAGGAAGCCGUACCCCGGAGGGGACCGCCGCUACCCGUUCUUCUCCUUCAAGAAGCCCAACCCGACGGAGCAGUUCGCCCACGUGUCCAGCGCGCUGAGCGUCUUCGAGACGGACUUGGACAGCAGCCGCAUGGACUGGUUCGUAAAGACGGCCCAACUCUACCUGCUCAGUGGGAAGCCGUUCACGGAGCUGUGCGACCACAACGCUACGGUGGCCCGGGAGCUCAAACGACCGCAGGUUUCGACAACAUGGACCAUGCUGAGAAUAAUGUUUUCUGACCCGGCACCCGGUCCAAACCACAGCCUCAGUAAACUGGGCAGCUUACCACUAAUGAACAGUUUCAGCAUGAAAGAAAUGGGUCCGGAGAGCAGACUGGAGCGCUGCAAAGGCGAAAGCCGGCAGGACAACAUCCACCUGGAGCCGGGCAACUCGCACAUCAGCAACAACAACGAAGAGAACGAGGAGACGGAGGGCAGCGACGGCCCCACAGAGUACAUGUUUGGAGACGCAGAGCUGGAUGACGACGACCUUUACCCCAUGGAGCACGACAGCCAAACGGUGGCGGAGGAGCCGGUGUACACGCUGCCUCCCGAGGCCUUCCAGCUGCGCCACGAGAUCAUCGACAACCCGUCGGCGCCGGAGCACCUGCAGCAGGACAAGGCCGACUCGCCGCACGUCAGCGGCAACGAGGCGGAGGUGGCCUGCCUGACGCCCAUCGAGUCGUUCUCGCUCAUCUCCAUUUCCCAGCCGCUGUACAGCCCGCAUUUACACGCCAGCUUCUUCUGCCCCAUCGUGCGCGAGAUGCUGAGCCACUACGCCGAGCGCGGCGACGUGCAGAUGGCCGUGUCCGUGCUCAUCGUGUUGGGGGAGAGGAUUCGCAAGGAGAUCGACGACCUCACUCAGGAGCACUGGUACAUGUCCUAUAUUGACCUGCUGCAGCGGUUCGAACUGUGGAACGUUUCCAACGAGGUCAUCAAGCUGAGUACCUGCAGCGCCAUCACCUGCCUCAACCAGACCUCCACCACACUGCACAUCAACUGCAGCAACUGCAAGCGGCCAAUGAGCAACAAGGGAUGGAUCUGUGACAGGUGUCGCCAGUGUGUCAGUGCGUGUGCGGUGUGCCACCAUGUGGUGAAGGGGCUCUUCGUCUGGUGCCAGGGCUGCAGCCACGGCGGACACCUGGAGCACAUCAUGAACUGGCUGAAGAACAACUCUCACUGCCCUGCCGGAUGCGGCCACCUGUGUGAAUACACCUGAGACCCGAUGCACACCUGGGGAACGUUUUUCACGCCUCGGAGCGCUCUGCCGCCCCCUCUGGCCUUCAUGUGACGUCACAGCAACAGGUCAAUCAGACCCCCGAAUGUAAAACCAGCGAUGGAAAUGUUCAACAUUUUACAGUUUUCAGAUCUGAGUUACUGUUUUACAUGCUAACACUUAUUUUGAGCGACUGUAGAUAAUGUAACAUUAAUUUAUAAGAAGGAAAAUGGAUUUGAGCGAAACAUUAAAACACUUGAUGUUAA